GACUCGUUGACCAACGGUGCCCUCUUUCCCACGUACUUGUAGAGUCGCCCACGCCCGCACUGUCGCACCCUCGCCACGUCAGCUGGCACGCCCCCACUGGCCACUCCCUUGCUCAACUGAGCUCGGCCGCUCAUGUCGCGGUCGAACACCUCCUGCCUCUCUCUACUCGUCGUCUUGCUCCUCCUCCUCGCGGGCGGGUGCAGCUCCCAGCGCGCCGGCGGCGGCGGCGACCGCGAGGCGCUGCUCGCCGUCAAGAGGGAAUGGGGCGGACCGUCACAGCUCGCGUCCUGGGACCCCGCCGCCAACCCCGACCACUGCAACUGGACCGGCGUCACCUGCGCCACCGGCGGCGGCGGGGUCGUCACGGGAAUUACCCUGCCCCGCUUCAACCUCACCGGCUCCGUCCCGGCGCCCGUAUGCUCGCUCAAGAGCCUCGCCCGCCUCGACCUCUCCUACAACAACCUCACCGGCGCCUUCCCCGCCGCCGCGCUCCACGCCUGCGCGGGGCUCAGCUUCCUCGACCUCUCCAACAACCAGUUCUCGGGGGCCCUCCCGCGCGACAUCGACGGCCUCUCGCCGGCGAUGGAGCACCUCAACCUCUCCGUCAAUGGCUUCGACGGCGAGGUGCCUCCCGCGGUCGCGAGGCUCACGGCGCUCAAGUCCCUGCUGCUCGACACCAACCGCUUCGCGGGCGCGUACCCGGCGGCCGAGAUAAGCAAUCUCGCCGGGCUCAAGGUCCUCACGCUGGCCGACAACUUGUUCGCCCCAGCGCCCGUGCCCGCGGAGUUCGCCAAGCUCACCAACCUCACCUACCUCUGGAUGGACAAAAUGGACCUCACCGGCGAGAUCCCGGAGGCCUUCUCCAGCCUCACGGAGCUUACGGUGUUCUCCUUAGCGUCGAACAAGCUCACCGGCUCGAUCCCGGCGUGGGUGCUGCAGCACGCCAACCUUCAGAACAUCUACUUGUACAACAACAGCCUCUCCGGCGAGCUUGCCUCAAACGUCACGGCGAUGAGCUUGGUUGAGUUUGACGUGUCAACGAAUCAGCUCACCGGAGAGAUACCGGAAGCCUUCGGCGACCUCAAGAACCUCACCUUUCUAGCUCUUUACAGCAACAAGUUCACCGGCGCGAUCCCAGCGACCGUCGGGCUGCUACCGCGGCUCAGAGACAUCCGGAUACAGGACAACCAGUUCUCUGGCGAGCUCCCGCCGGAACUCGGGAAGCACUCUCCGCUUGCCAACCUCGAUAUGGGCAACAACGACCUCUCCGGCCAGCUGCCGGAGGGGCUCUGCGCCAGUGGAACGCUCUACAACAUCGACGCCUUCAACAACAGCUUCUCAGGCGAAUUCCCAGCGAAGUUCGGCGACUGCGUCACGAUAAACAACCUCAUGCUCUCCAACAACCGCUUAUCCGGCGACUUCCCGGCGAAGGUAUGGUCGUUCCCGAAGCUGACCACGGUGAUGAUCCAGAACAACAGCUUCACUGGCACUCUGCCGUCCGAGAUUUCCUCCAAGAUCUCACGAAUUGAGAUGGGAAACAACAUGUUCUCGGGAUCCGUCCCGACGUCGGCAACAGGGCUGCUCACGUUCCUGGCGGAGAACAACCGGCUUGACGGGGAAUUGCCGUCUGACAUGAGCAAGCUCUCCAAUCUUACCGAUUUCUCGGUGCCCGGAAACCGGAUCACUGGCUCCAUUCCACCAUCGAUCGAACUGCUGCGGAAGCUCAAUUCACUCAAUUUGAGCGGCAACCAGAUAUCCGGCACGAUACCGCCGGGGAGAAUUGGGAUGCUCCGGGUGCUAACGAUCCUUGAUCUGUCCGGCAACGAGCUCACCGGCGACAUACCGUCGGACAUGGGCCAGCUGCACUUCAGCUCGCUCAACAUGUCACUGAACCAGUUCACCGGCGAGGUGCCGCCGUCGCUGCAGAUCCCUGCUUACAGCCGGAGCUUCCUCGGCAACCAUCUAUGCGCCAGCGCGGCGGACUGGGGCACAAACCUCCCGGCAUGCCGAGGCGGCGCCCGCGACGAGCUGUCGCGGGUCCUGAUCAUCCUCUUCUCGUUGCUCGGCGUCGUCGUUUUGAUCGGCAGCAUCGGCAUCGCCUGGCUGCUCUUCCGGCGCCGGAAGGAGAGCCACGAGGUGACGGACUGGAAGGUCACGGCGUUCACCGAGCUGGACUUCGCCGAGUCGGACGUGCUCCGCGGCAUCCGCGAGGAGAACGUGAUCGGCAGCGGCGGGUCCGGGAAAGUGUACCGCAUCCACCUCGGCGCCGGCGGCCGCGACGAGGAGAGCGGCGGCGGCCGGAUGGUGGCCGUGAAGAGGAUUUGGGACUCGAGGAAGGUGGACGAGAAGCUGGACAAGGAGUUCGAGUCGGAGGUGAAGGUGCUGGGCAGCAUCCGGCACAACAACAUUGUGAAGCUGCUCUGCUGCAUCUCCAGCCAGGAGGCCAAGCUGCUGGUCUACGAGUACAUGGAGAACGGCAGCCUCGACCGGUGGCUGCACCACCGGGGCCGCGAGGGCGCGCCGGCGCCGCUGGACUGGCCGACGAGGCUGGCCAUUGCCGUCGACGCGGCCAAGGGGCUCAGCUACAUGCACCACGGCUGCGGGCAGCCGAUCGUGCACCGUGACGUCAAGUCCAGCAACAUCCUGCUCGGCCCGGACUUCCAGGCCAAGAUCGCCGACUUCGGGCUCGCCCGGAUGCUUGCCAAGGCCGGCGAGCCGGAGUCCGUGUCGGCCAUCGGCGGGACGUUCGGCUACAUGCCUCCAGAAUACGGGUACAUGUCAAGGGUGAGCGAGAAGGUGGACGUCUACAGCUUCGGCGUCGUCCUGCUGGAGCUGGCGACAGGCAAGGUCGCCAACGACAGCGGCGCCGAGCUGUGCCUGGCGGAGUGGGCGUGGCGGCGGUACCAGGAAGGCCCUCCGUUCGACGACGUCGCCGAUGUCGAGGUCCGGGACGACACGGCCUGCCUGCAGGACGUCGUGUCCGUGUUCACGCUCGGCGUGAUUUGCACCGGGGAGGAACCCCAGGCGCGGCCGUCCAUGAAGGAUGUCCUGCACCAACUCGUACGGUGCUGCCGGGUGCCCGCAGAGGCGGAGACCUGCAGAGUGGAGUAGCAGGCUGCUAGCAGCUCAUCGAGGCGCCGAAUGCAGCAAGCGGCGGAGGAGCAUCUUGGGCUCCGGCAGGCCAGCAAAGGGUAGGCCAGUGAGAUGACAACGAGGACAGCCAGCAACUAAGGUCUACAGCGAUUCAGUUGUCAGGACACUCAUUACUCGCGUGUUCCAAAACUGAAUCUAUUCGCUUCGUCCUGUGCCAUCGGUUGAGCUACGAAUAUGUUGAUGCUUAGCGUCGAUCCUAAUCUUCUCGCGCUUUUCCGGCCAUUUUUCGGUAAUGUGAGCUUCUGAUUUUGUUUAGGUAUGGUAGAUGCUCCUGCACUACUGAUGCAUCUCUUGCCUCCUUUCCAAUUUUUUUUUUCAAAAAAAAAAAGGCUCCAUUAUGUACCGUUGUACUAACCCAUUUGCGAGAUAAGCAUCAUUAGGCACUGCAUUGUUCAUAGUGUCUAGCUGCUGUCAGCAAGCAGUUCGACCACAAGUGGUGGUAUGGCCCCACCUGGCCGAAGGAAGAAUCGAUUGUGGAUUUGGACAGGAAGCAGAGGCUAUGAUCGCGGAAUUGAAAACAUUCUAUUGUGGAAUCGAGACAAUACCUCCCGUACAUCGAAAGUUUUGUUGUUAGGUUGGAACGGUUCUUAAGUAACGUGGAGCAACUCCCUCCACCUAGAACAUUUUCUUAUCGGGUUGGAAUAAUUCCAUAUUUGCCUGGGACGUUAUUUUGUGACCGGAACAAUUCCUCCUGUCCGGAACAUUUUGUUUAUUUGAUUGGAGCAGGUAUUCAUUUUCCUGAAACAA